CAUGUCUCUUGGUGUCGGGUUUGCCAUAAAGGGCAUGUCUUGCACCGCUCUUGACAUGAACAUGGCUUGACCCGACCAACUCAAGAGAGACUGAACUGGACACACGCUUCGUCCUACUUGGUGUUACUUUCGCCCUUCUCGCCUCUACCAGUACUACAGUAGGGAUUCCUCUCCAAAGUCUCGGGCGCAGAUCCCAACAUUUGGUUGCGACGUGCACCAACCAAAAACCCCCAAAUCUCGUCUGAUCUACUCCGUAGCUGGGCGACUUUGACAGGCCAAACUAGGUCACAACCGCGACAUCCAAACCUUCUUAAUCUCGUCGGGGAGCUGGCCGGACAAGGGGCGGGACAGGGGUUCGACGUCAAGCACGCGAGCAAGAAUAGACACAGCACGCCGGGGUUCUCUUUCGAUUUAAAUAAGAAGAGGCCUUCGUAAGACAUCCAAGCCCCGCCGUGACGAUCGAUGGCGAUGAUCAUGGACGAAGACGACGACGACGACGUCCAGGACCUCCACGUUCUGGACCCCAACGGCGACCUCUUUCUCCGCGUCGGCGACGAGGUCGAGGAGAAGCCCAGGACCUACCUCGUCUGCUCAAAGGCCCUCGCGAGGGCCUCGCCCGUAUUCGCCAAGAUGCUCUACGGUAGCUUCGCCGAGCGGCGGCCCUCGCCCGGCGGCGCCCACGCCGACCGCCACUGGACCGUCGACCUGCCGGAAGACCACCAGCAGCCGCUCGAGCUGCUGCUCGACGUCGCCCACGGCCGUUUCGCCAGGGUCCCCGACCGGCUCGACGUCGCGCGCCUGUACCAGCUGCUCGUCGUCGCCGAGAAGUACGACGCCACGGGCAUGACGCGGCCCUGGGCGCGCGGCUGGAUGGAGGCCGUGAAGCAGCCCGGCAUGCAGGACCCGCUGCUGCUGGGCGUCGCCUACGAGCUGGGCGACUCGCAGACGUUCAACAACAUGGCCAUGAAGAUCGCCACCGAGUGCCUCGUCGACGACGACGGCGACCUCGUCUUCGGGUACGCCGGCGACGACAGGGAGACGUACUCGUUCAAGCUCCGCAACAUGGAAUACCUCGUCCCGCCAGGCUUCAUAGAGGACGCCGCCUCAAUACGCAGAACCCUCCUCGCGACGAUGCUCGAGCCCUACGCCAGCCUCUACACGGCCCUCAAGGACGGCGACCGCUGCACCGCCUCGCCGCAGGACCCCAAUAGCGGCAAGCGGUGCGACAGCAUCCUCCUCGGCUCCCUCAUCCGCUCCUUCGCCGCCCGCCGCAUCGACCUGACGGCCCCGGACCCGGCGACGGCGUACCGCGGCAGCGCGGCCGCCCUGCAGGCCGUCCUGCUCCGCCUCGAGCUGUACACGGCGCACUCGGGCUUCUCGCACCCGCCGGCGACGAGUUUCGCCUUCGGCCAGGCGGCUCACCCGCGCUUCGGCUUCAGCCUGAGCGCCUGCGAGCACGUGUUGCAGUCCGGCCUGCGCGAGGGCGUCGAGCGGUCGCUGCUCGUGAGGGGCGAAAUGAAGUUCGUGCAGCCCAAGCACCAGGCCUACUUGCAGAGGCAGGCCGCCAAGACGGGGUUGCCGUACAAGUAAUCAGUCAGUUGGUGGGGCACGCGUGAAGUUGACGAUGAUGGUUGAUGAGGAUGAUGAGGAUGAUGAUGACCAAACGACGGCCAAGCCAUGGUUGGGAUGGAUUUUGCCGUCAUGGUUCCUCAAACGCUAUCGUGAGAUCGAUUUCGUCAUAAUUUUCUUACUCUACAAUACUUCCAGACGAUUUAGCACAAAGAUAUUCUGAGUAGGUCUGUUUACUAUAUAAUCACAAUACAUAGAAUCAUACUACAAGACUUCCAGCUGAAAUAACAAAACUAUUUUUAAC